AUGCCGUUGCCGCAACGCCGGCCGCGGCUGCUGCUGCCAGGGGCAGCAGCACUUUUGCUGUUGCUGCUGCUGCUGUCUGUGGCUUCAGCACCAGCACUUGCGCAUCGUUCUUUUCACCAGCAGUCUACCCUUCAGCCCCCUGCACAGCAGCAGCAGCCGCCACACCAGCAGCAGCAGCAGCAGCAGCAACAGCAGCAGCAGCAGCAGCAGCAGCAGCAGCAGCAGCAGGAAAAAGCUCUUGAUGGUGGUCUUCCUGCUACAGAAUCAUUCGAGGAAGCAAAGGCUAUGGCGUUUCCCGUUGGGCUUACAGGGGCAUCUCUCAUUCAGUUAGACUAUCAGCAGCAGCAGCAGCAGCCGCUGCAGCCGCUGCAGCAGCUGCAGCAGCAGCCAACCCCACAGAUGGCACUGCCAGCUGUACAGGGUGGGCAAGACCUUCUGCAGAUGCAGCAGCAGGUACUCCAGCAGCAACAGCAGCAGCAGCAACAGCAGCAGCAGCAGCAGCAGCAGCAACUGCUGCAGCAGGGGGAUUUAGAUCGAGCGAAUUUGAUGAUGCUUCAGGCGGAGAAAGCCGCAAUUGACUUGCAGCUGGCAUCUGAGACAGCAGCAGCAGCAGCAGCUGCUGCUGCUGCAGCUGUUCCGUUUCCUGUAGCAGCAGGAGGAGCAGCAACAGUACCAGCAGCAGCAAUAGCAGUUCCAGCAGCAGCAGCAAUACCAGCAGCAGCAGCAGGAAUUGUAGGUGUAUCUGGAGGGGGAAAUGUUCAAGAUGACGCUGUUAGUGCGUUGCUACUACAGCAGGAGCAGCAGCAGCAGCAGCUGUUGCAGCAGCAGCUGCAGCAGCAGCUGCAGCAGCAGCAGCACGACGAGCCUCCUUCUUCUGCUAUAGGCCCUUUGUCAGUGCCCAUACCCCCUUCGGGUGUACUGCCAGCUAUUAAUGCUCCUUCUGCUACUCCGCCUCAGUACCCUUUGACGAUACCUCAAGUAAUAUCAGCUUCUUUAGAAGCAGGUGAAAAUAAACCUCAAGGACUGCAGCAAGACCAGCAGCAGCAGCAGCAGCAGCAGCAGCAGCAACCGCAACAACCACAGGAACAGACGCAACAAUCAGAACAGCAACAGCCGCAACAGCAGCAGCAGCAGCAGCAGCAGCAACAGCAGCAGCAGCCUGAUGGGUCAUGCCAGCUCGACUUGAGUGCAUGCGGCGGCAAUGCUGCAUCAGAAGCAGCAGCAAAAACAUAUGCUGCUGCCAUCAGCGACUGCUCCUGUAAAAAUGCUGCUGCAGCGUUGGUGUGCAGUGUCUGGCAGGGCAGCAGCAGCAGCAGCAGCAGCAAACCCAGCGCUGUUAAUUUUGAUUCUUCGACGAAUACUUUGACUCUCACGAUGGGAGCUGAUGCAUGCAACGCAAUAAAUGUUGCUUGUCCAGCAGCAGCAGCAGCAGGAGCAGCAGCAGGUGCAGGUACAGCCACACCGCCUAUCCCACAGCCCGCAGCAGCAGCAGCAGCAGCUGCAGCGCCAUAUGCAGCAGCAGUUGCUGCUCAUGAUCCUGUUUCUGCUGCUGUCUUAUCUGCUGCAGCAACCCCUUCUCAGCUGCAAGUAGCAGCAACAGCAGCACCAACAGCAGCAGCACGAGCAGCAGCAGCACCAGCAGCAGCACCAGCAGGUUCGUUUGCUGAAGUUGAAGCACAGGCGCAGCAGCAGCUUCGCUCGAGUUUGAGGUUGCGGCUGGGUGCAGCAGCAGCAGCAAAAGCAAUGCAGCAGAUAAGGCUGCAGCAGCAAGUAGCAGCAGAAGCAGACGAAAUGUUUGCUGCUGUUAUGAGUAAUACCCCUGCUGCAGCAGCUACAUUGGCUUCGCGUUCAACAGCAGCAAUACAACUUGCUGCGCAGCUAGCAGAGGAUGCUGCUGCUGCUGCUGCUGAUGCUGAUACACCUGCUACUGCUGCUCCUGAAGUAGCAGCAGCAGCAAACGGAGACCCAGCAGCAGCAACAACAACAGCAGCAGCAAGUGGCGAUCCAUCAGCUGCUUCUAAUACAAACCCGACUGAGGGAAGUAUAGCUGCUGCUCCUGCUGCUGCUCCUGCUGCUACUCCAGCUGCUGCUCCUGCUGCUGCUCCUGAUGCUGCUCCUGCUGCUGCUCCUGAUGCUGCUGCUGCUUCAGAGAAGCAAGCAUCAGAAAGUGAAGCAAAUAUGGCAGCAGCACAGUCAGCAGUAUUAGCUUUAAGCGAUGCAGCAGCAGGAACAGCAGCAGCACCAACAGCACAAGACGCUUGUGCUGCUGCUGCUGUGAAACUACCUCAACAAUUCCCCUUACAGCCAGGCAGCAGCAGCAGCAGCAGCAGCAGCAGCAGCAGUUUAGUCAUCCUCAUGGAAGCUGCACCAGAGGC